AAUUUCCCGCGCAAAAUAAUUCUAAAAGUUGUCAUUCAUCCGUUUGAAAAGAAGAACAUAGCCAUUGGCCAGAAUGGGCACGUCACACUGUGACGUAAACGCAAUAACCAAUCAGAUGCUUCUACGGACAUUUCCCAAUACAGCUCAAGACAUAAAAACGCUGCGUUUGCGUAAACAGGCAUUAUUCUUCAACACCAAGAGUAAUUAGCUGUUCAGUAAUAAUGGCAAGAACCAAGCAGACCGCCCGUAAAUCUACUGGAGGCAAAGCGCCGAGGAAACAGCUUGCCACUAAAGCUGCCCGUAAGAGCGCUCCCGCCACCGGUGGAGUCAAGAAGCCUCACCGCUACAGGCCUGGCACCGUGGCUCUGCGAGAAAUCCGCCGCUAUCAAAAGUCCACUGAGCUGCUGAUCCGCAAACUGCCCUUCCAGCGUCUGGUCCGAGAAAUCGCUCAGGAUUUCAAGACAGAUCUGCGCUUCCAAAGCUCCGCUGUCAUGGCCCUGCAGGAGGCCAGCGAGGCUUAUCUGGUCGGUCUGUUCGAGGACACCAAUCUGUGCGCCAUCCACGCCAAGAGGGUCACCAUCAUGCCCAAAGACAUCCAGCUGGCCCGCCGCAUCCGUGGAGAGCGCGCUUAAGCUUAUUUCCGACACAUUAGAACCCAAAGGCUCUUUUAAGAGCCACCUCAGUCUAUCAUACGAAGGAGAUUUUCUUUUUACCAGUACUUAUACAUGUAGUUGAGUCAACAAGAAUUGUUUAAAAAUAUUUCGUAUGUUUACUGAACUUGGAAGUUUAUAAAGAUACAAUUAAGUCUCAUUUUAGUUACUUAAUUUUGUUAAUUCUUUGAAUGCAAUAAUGUGUAAUAUAUGUAGAUUUUUAACUUGAUGUAUUAAAAACAUCACAAAAAAACAUUUUUAAUUUCAUUUUGAUUUGCAUCGUGACGUACCCUGUAUCAUCUCUGCUAUUCUGCAGGAGAUAAGUGCCACUUCCUGACAAAAUCAUACACUUGGUCUAAAUUGAUCUUCCUUUUAUAAAAUAAGAUAAUAAUAUUAAAUAACAAUCUAAUUGAUGCAGUGCGAUAUUAACUAAGCAAGACAGUAACAGCAGUGACAUUUAUUGCAAAACUCAGGCAUUACUAAUAUGUAAUCAACGGACAAGCACGUGAUGACCUGAGGAAGAUUUUAAAUAUGUUUAUUUACUGUAUUUCUCAAAAUGACAAUUACACAGCGAUUAAAUGCUGGGCGGAAAAUCUAAACAUGAAGCUGAGGCGAGGCUUAUUGUGUGGCCGCCAGCAUAUGGACAUACCCACUGCGCAUGUGCACGCUAGGCUAACAGCACGGGCAAGUAAAGCUAGGCGUCAAACGGCACUCUCGGUCAACACAGGAGAGAGAAAAACCUUUAGUGUGUGUGUUUUGUGCAUAUAUUUGGCUAUACACACCCGCAGAGCACGUGUGGUGAAACGUUACACAAGCCACAUCGCAAGUUCAAUCUUUGUUUACUUUUUCUCGUCGAGAUGCUGCGUAGCAAACACGAUGAAACUCCACAGGUGGACGCAGACCGCGAGGAAGAGUACCAUUUUUCCUCUGAAGAAGAACAAGAAGACGACAUUGAGGACGAUGAAUAAGAGGAGGAAACAGCGGACUCAUCUGACAACUGUGACAAUGACAGUGAGCAGAUUCCUGGUGCAAAACGUGCCAAGACUGUGUCCUGGCGCACGGAAAAAAAUGCUGACAAGCUUCCGAAGACUCUGAGGUUUCAGCCUGCUCGUGAGCCAGGGCCGCAGCUGAGUCCUGCUCACCCUCUCAAUCCUUUGAGUCUCUUCAAGCUCUUCUUCUCAAAGAGCGUCGUGUCAAACCUUUGCAAGAACACAAAUGCUCAGGCGGCCAGAGCAAUGACAAAGCAGUGCAAAUACCCAUGGACGGACGUCAGCGUUGAAGAGCUCUACCACUACAUUGGACUCAUCUUCUACAUGGAUGUGGUGAGGAUGUACUCCGUUGCUGACUACUGGAGGCAGGACCCUUUCUUCUCAGUGCCUUUUCCUUCAACAGUCAUGUCAAUGGACAGAUAUCACGCCAUUUUAUGUAAUCUGCAUUUGAGUGACCCGAACGCAGAUGAGAAUGACGGGGACACUCUUUUCAAAGUCAAAUCUCUCAUGGACAGCAUCCGUCAGGCAUGCAGUGCCCACUAUCAACCUAGAAGAAAUGUUGUAGUGAGCGAAAGAUUUGUGCUGAGGAAGGUAAAGCCUGUCAUCAAAGCGAAGCUAGGCUUCAGGUUUUUCGUCCUUAUAGACUCGUCAAAUGGAUAUACGGCGGACGUUUCUGUGUACAAGACUAGCUUUCCUCCAAGACCUGGGUUUUCGUAUGGCACUGUGAUGUCUCUUCUGGACGCUAAAGCUUUGGGCUCUGGAUACCACGUGUACAUGGACGAUUUCUACACCACUCCAAAGCUCAUGAAGGACUUGUUUGCUUUGAAGUUUGGCGCGUGUGGGAUGUACAGGGACCAAAGGAAGGACUUCCCAAGAAACAAAUCCAAUCCACUGACUGAGAAGUCCACCAGGGGAUCCUACAGGUGGAUUCGGGACGGGCCUGUUGUGUUUGUGAAGUGGAUGGAUAGACCUGAGGUGUCGAUAUGUUCCACCAUCCAUCAGGCCUACACAGGAGAACACGUGGAAAGGAAAGUCAGACGCCAAGGCUCGAGGAAGACGAAGAGCAUCCCGUGUCCUGCGCCUGUCAGCGCAUACAGCCAACACAUCGUAGAGGUUGACCCUUUCGAUCAGCUGCUGCAGUAUUACAUCAUGCAUUACAAUUCUUUGAAAUGGUACAAAAAAGUCUUCCUGCAAUUCUUGGACAUCGCCGCCGCCAACGCUUUCAUACUGCACAAAGAGCAGGGCGGCAAAUUGACCCACAAGAAGUUUAUGGACCAGCUGAUUGAGGAGCUGUGCAGCGUAUCAGAGGAAGUCCCUGAACAAAGCAGUAUACAGGUGGAGCAUCUGCCGGUUUCUGGAGCUCUGCUGGAGUCACACACCGCCACUACUGGCCGCCAGGCUUGCAGUCAGUGUAAAAAACAAGACAUAAGGCAACUAACACCUUGGAAAUGCCAGGCGUGUCAUGUUUUUUUGUGUGUUGAGGUGGACAGGAACUGUUUCCUGGAUUGGCACAAAAACAUUGCCUGCUCAGGACUUUAAAUAAAACCGAAAUGACGGAUGUGAGACUUUGUUUUAUUCAGCAUUUGCAUAGUGAUGCACGUGAUACUGAGCCAAUCAGUGCAUUUCUUGGCACAAAUCAUACAUAAACUCUAUUUUUUACAUAUAUUCACAUUUGUAAAUAAAAAAUAGUUCAACAGUU